AACAUGAGUCAUCUGAAGUUGUUGGCAGCUACACUGAAGUGGCAUGGCAAUAAACUACUGGAAAAGCAAGAUAUAGCCAGAAGGGUGUUUUUACAUGGCCAACGGUAUGCUUCAUCAGGAACCUCAGAACCGUUCCUGAGUGGGAGUAAUUCAAAUUAUGUGGAGGAAAUGUAUUAUGCGUGGCUUGAAAACCCUAAAAGCGUACAUAAGUCCUGGGAUUUGUUUUUCCGAAAUGCUAAUGCUGGCCAAACAUACGAUCCCCACUUACCAGGUCAGUUGGAAAGAAAGGCAUCAUUUCUUCAGAGCCAUGGCCUGGCCCAGACACCGGGUAAAGCUGAGAAGCUUGUUGAAGACCACCUUGCUGUGCAGUCUUUGAUCAGAGCAUACCAAAUCCGUGGUCAUCAUGUGGCUCAGCUGGAUCCCCUUGGAAUUCUGGAUGCAGACUUGGAUUCGUUUGUUCCAUCUGACUUAAUCACUACAAUUGAUAAACUCGGGUUUUAUGGUUUGCAUGAAUCAGAUCUGGACAAAGUCUUUCAGCUUCCUACAACUACCUUCAUAGGAGGACAUGAGAACAGCCUUUCUCUACGAGAGAUCAUCAAACGGCUGGAGAAUACCUACUGCCAACACAUUGGCUUGGAGUUUAUGUUCAUCAAUGAUGUGGAGCAGUGCCAGUGGAUCCGGCAGAAGUUUGAGACGCCGGGUGUUAUGAAGUUUACUAAUGAGGAAAAAAGGACUUUGUUGGCAAGGCUGGUGCGCUCCAUGAGAUUUGAAGACUUCCUUGCUCGCAAGUGGUCUUCUGAAAAGAGAUUUGGUUUGGAAGGAUGUGAAGUAAUGAUUCCUGCGCUGAAGACCAUCAUUGAUAAAUCCAGUGAAAUGGGAAUUGAAUAUGUUAUAAUGGGGAUGCCUCAUAGAGGUAGGCUGAAUGUAUUGGCUAACGUAAUCCGAAAAGAGCUGGAGCAGAUCUUCUGUCAAUUUGAUCCCAAACUUGAAGCAGCUGAUGAGGGAUCCGGGGAUGUAAAAUAUCACCUGGGAAUGUACCAUGAGAGGAUCAACCGCGCUACAAACAAGAAGAUCACUCUGUCCCUGAUGGCUAACCCUUCUCACUUGGAAGCAGUUGAUCCUGUUGUGCAAGGGAAGACAAAAGCUGAACAGUUUUAUCGAGGGGAUACGGCAGGGAAAAAGGUUAUGUCCAUAUUAUUACAUGGGGACGCUGCCUUUGCAGGACAAGGAGUGGUUUAUGAGACAUUUCAUCUGAGUGACCUCCCAUCCUACACCACGAAUGGCACUAUCCACGUUGUGGUCAACAACCAGAUUGGCUUCACCACAGACCCUCGUAUGGCCCGUUCAUCUCCAUAUCCUACUGAUGUUGCCCGUGUGGUCAAUGCUCCCAUUUUCCAUGUGAAUGCUGAUGACCCUGAAGCAGUGAUGUAUGUGUGCAGCGUAGCUGCGGAGUGGCGAAACACAUUCAAUAAAGAUGUGGUGGUUGACUUGGUUUGUUACCGUAGGAGAGGGCACAAUGAAAUGGAUGAACCGAUGUUCACCCAGCCUCUAAUGUACAAGCAGAUUCAUAAGCAGGUGCCGGUGCUGAAGAAGUAUGCAGACAAACUGAUUGCGGAUGGGACUGUAACACUGCAGGAGUUUGAGGAAGAAAUUGCAAAGUAUGAUAGAAUAUGUGAAGAAGCAUAUACUAGAUCAAAGGAUAACAAGAUCCUACAUAUCAAGCACUGGCUUGAUUCACCUUGGCCUGGAUUCUUCAACGUGGAUGGAGAACCCAAGAGCAUGUCUUGUCCUCCAACUGGCAUUUCAGAAGACCUGCUGACUCACAUUGGCAAUGUAGCGAGUUCAGUGCCAGUCAAAGACUUCAAGAUACAUGCAGGACUCUCUCGGAUUUUGAGAGCCCGCUUGGAAAUGACCAAGAACAGGGUUGUGGACUGGGCCUUAGCAGAAUACAUGGCUUUUGGCUCUUUUCUGAAGGAAGGGAUCCACGUCAGACUAAGUGGACAGGAUGUGGAGAGGGGUACUUUUAGCCAUCGUCACCACGUGCUUCACGAUCAAGAAGUUGACAAGAGAACUUGUGUUCCCAUGAAUCACCUCUGGGAGCAGCAGGCCCCCUAUACUGUGUGCAACAGCUCCCUUUCCGAAUACGGUGUCUUAG